GAACAGGGCGGGGCGGAGCUCCUCCCCCGGAACUUCCUCUUUCUCUGCCCUCUUCCUUUGUGCCUCUCAGUCUCUGUCUUUCUCUGCCCAUUAUUCCCCUUCCCCCCUGUGGCCAACACCUCUUCUGUCUGGGUUCCUCGAGUGGGUCGCUCCCCAUCUAGGCGAAGAUGUCCACCCAAGAGAGUUGCCUCAGCCUCAUCAAGUACUUCCUCUUCGUUUUCAACCUCUUCUUCUUUGUACUAGGCGGCCUGAUUUUCUGCUUUGGCACCUGGAUCCUCAUUGACAAGACCAGCUUCGUGUCCUUUGUGGGCUUGUCCUUCGUGCCACUGCAGACCUGGUCCAAGGUCCUGGCUGUCUCGGGUGUCCUCACCAUGGCCCUGGCUCUGCUGGGCUGUGUGGGGGCUCUGAAGGAGCUGCGUUGUCUUCUGGGCCUGUAUUUUGGAAUGCUGCUGCUCCUGUUUGCCACACAGAUCACCUUGGGGAUCCUCAUUUCCACUCAGCGGGUCCGGCUGGAGCGAAGGGUGCAGGAAUUGGUGUUACGGACGAUCCAGAGCUACCGCACGAAUCCGGAGGAGACAGCAGCUGAGGAGAGUUGGGACUAUGCACAGUUCCAGCUGCGCUGCUGCGGCUGGCAAUCUCCGCGGGACUGGAACAAGGCCCAGAUGCUGAAAGCGAACGAGUCUGAGGAGCCCUUGGUACCCUGCUCCUGCUACAACUCCUCAGCGACCAAUGACUCCUCCGGUUUUGAUAAGCUCUUUUUCUCCCAGCUAAGCCGACUGGGGCCGCGGGCGAAGCUGAGGCCGACUGCUGACAUAUGUGCACUCCCCGCAAAAGCCCACAUCUACCGUGAGGGCUGCGCACAGAGCCUCCAGAAAUGGCUGCACAACAAUAUCAUCUCCAUAGUGGGAAUCUGUCUGGGAGUCGGUCUUCUUGAGCUCGGCUUCAUGACGCUCUCAAUAUUCCUGUGUAGAAAUCUGGAUCACGUCUAUGACCGGCUGGCCCGGUACCGCUAGGCCCCAGCCCACCCGUUGGCACCCACGCACCUCCAUGCAGUCAGGAAAUGUUUCCUUCCUGGUUGGUCACAGGCUUGGAGCCCAAGAGCCUCAGGCCUCAUUCCCUGGGGACCCAGCUGUCUGCCCUAUUGACAGCCUUCACUUCCCCCACAGGGCCAGGGACUUUCAUGCCCAGCUUCCUUCUCAUCCCUGCUCCCUCCUCCCCACACCAUCUGUCUGCCACCUCCCACAUGACACCUCAAAUAAAUCCCCUUCGUUUUUUU